GGCCCGCCAGUGCAUCUACGUCUAGCGCCACCGCUCCGCUUCAUCCGCUAAAUCGGGCCUCUUUGACCGCUUAGGAUAAAUUUUGACUCUUUUCGAGCCGUUUUCUCCGUGUGUAGCCCGGAAAGAGGGGUUGUUGUGUUGCUUUUCCAUGGUGAAACAUGGAUGCGUUCGUAAAAAUCGAUAGAUUCUGAUUCGUGCAUCAGCGUCGAGUAAGUCCAACCAGUUUGACCGCUUAUGAACAAUUUUGGCCGUUUUCGAGUUGUUCGGAUCGUGCAUACUCCCGAAAAAGAAUUCCUAGUGUUGUUGAUUUUUGCUUGAACUUGGAUUUGUACGUAAAAAUCGUUUCAUUCUAGUCUGGGCAUCUGCACGGUGUAAAUCAAACCUGUUUGACUGCUAAUGAAAAAUUUUGACCGUUUUUGAGCCGCAUUGAUCUUACUCGUAUUUGUGCUCAAAACUAGGGUUUCUAGUGUUGUUUUUCCGUGUUAAAGCUUAGAAUCGUGCGUAAAAAUCGAUGAUUUCUGAUUUGUGCAUCUGCAUCGAGUGAAUCCGACCUUUGACUGAUAUUGAGCUUUUUCGGCCCUUUUAACGACAUCACAUUUAAGUCGCGGUGUUCGCUCCAUGUUAAAAUAUCGAUUUCUACGUUAAAAUGGGUGGAAUUCGUUCAGUGCACUUGUGACAAGCGGCGUUGACAUUGGUUUGAGUACGUCCCACCUUUUGAAAAGUUUUUGACUCUAGGUGCGUUAAACUCAAAAUGUUGGUGCAUUAGUUAAGAAUGAACGUUAAUUCGUGAGCUUUGACUAUCUAAUGGUGCUUUCGAUGAGACUGACCUUUUUGCGGAUUUUUUACCUGUUCAAAAGGUUACGGACCCCGAGCAAUUGUUCCUCGGUAUUACAUUAACGUCAAACUUAGUUUUUUCAACAUUUGGUACAGUGAUUCGAAUUAGAUCUUCUCGUGGAAUUUUGGACCGUUUGCACGCAAGCGACCAACUUUUUAAGUGAUUUUUUCAUCUUGAAUAGGGGGUGCUUCAAGCGAAUUUGGGUCUUUAAAAAAGCUGCUCACUGUUGAGGCAGAGCGAUACGAAACACCAGUUCUUUCAAACACAAAAAUUUAUUAAAGACGAUCCCGUUGCUGAUGAUGGGAGCGACGCUGGCGCUGAGCUUCGGACAACAGGCGGGGCGUCUCCUGCGAGUGCCCAAGAUCUACAACACGCUCAUUUCGUCGGACGAGGAGCUGAUCCCGAGCCUGGCCUACAAGGCCGUGUCCCCCAUCGUCAAGUCAAUCGCCCCGAGCCCUUACUUCCCCUACGCCCCCAUCGUCAACGUCGCCACCCACGAGCCCGUCGUCAUCCCCCCGCAGGAGUCCUACCAGAGCCACUUUGAGCAGGACCCCCAGGUCCUCAGCUACGACCGCAAAGGAGUGUACAACGACCUGAUCAGCAGCCUGUUGACGCUGAACCAGAGCCUGUCCAACUCGAUGUCGGCCGAGGACUCGCCUGGGCCGCGCGGGAAAGCGAAGCAGGAGCGAUUCGGGGACAUCCGCAACAACCGGAACCGGAACCCAAGCGUCCCGGACGUCCCGCCACCCCCAAUUCCGGUCCGGAUCAAGGACGACGCCCCGCAAGAGACACCCGCCCGCCAGGGACAGGAGUUCCCACCGCCGCCAGUCGGGGCCAUCUAGGGACCAAGGCAAGCGCUUCAAGUCCCUGGUCCGGAGAGAGAUCCGGCCGGAUCUCCAGAACUAAGGACCAAGAUGAGGGCUUCGACUCUAUGGUCCGGAGAGAGAUCCGGCCGGAUCUCCAGAACUAGGGACCAAAUCGAGGGUUUCGACUCCAUGGUUCCGGCCGGAUUCUUAGAGCUAGGGUCCAGGGCAAGGGCUUCAACCCCAUGGUCCAGAGAGAGAUCCAACUGGAUUUCCAGAGGUGAGGGCUUCGAUUUCAUGGUUCCGGUCGGAUUUCCAGAGCCAGGGACCAGGACAAGGGCUUCAGCUCCAUGGUCCGGAGAGAGAUUCAACCGGAUCUACAGAUGUAGGGACCAGUGCACGAGGGCAAGGAGUUCGACUCAAUGUUCCGGAGAGAAAUUCGCCUGGAUCUGCUGUUUCUUUAGGACCUAGCGCCAAUGGAUGAGUUGUCCUUUGAACCGGGAGAAAUGCUAUCGAAUCGGAUAUUUUUUCACAAUUGGUGGUCGCGUCAUUUGUUUUAUAUUUCCCUGCCGCCAAGAGUGCCGCGUUUCAAACAUUAUUUUAGAAACGGGGACUUGUUUUGAAGGCGUAAAAAAGGACAAAGGGCCAAGCAUGUUUUGUUUGAUUGCUCAACGUUUGCUUGUCUACAGUGUACAUUUGACGUAAGACUGUUGGCGAGUUAGCUAUAAUGUUUUUAUCCCUCCCUCGAGGUUUUUCAAUGAGGAUUGUACUAAUUUUCUAUAAUGGCUGCUUCGUUACAUGAGCUGGUAAGUCGAAACUAUAUUAAAAUAGAUUUUGUGCCUUACGUGACCCCAUAGAAAAGUAUGUAAAGUAGCUCUAUAAUGGUACCUUUAAAUUCUGUGAUAUAGUUUGUAAGUUGUCCUAAAAAUUGUCGAUGGUGAAUCUUGCACGUUGGAGAUAUUAUUACCAUUCAAAAUUCAAUUUAACCCUGUUAUCCAGAUAAAUAAUUUAUUCUAAAUGAGAUAGCCCACUUUGACAUACGUCGAUUUUUUUACAUGCGUUCUAAAGGGCGAUGACCAAUAUAACGAAUUCAUGAGAAUAGACGUGGCAGACAGCGAAUAACAAUUUAGCUUCUUGUUGCCAUUAGUUUGGUAAGUGUGUGAUGCUUGUUAAAUUAUUUUCCUCUUCUUGACGGGAUUAAAUUAUAUUUUUAGUAGAAUAUUCUUUCAAUUCUUAGUCAUUCUGUUCCAAUUUUGUAGGAAAAUACACCGCAUCUAGCAGCCUAA